CUCAAAUCAGAACCUGAAUCUCAACAAAAAACAACUUCCCAACCAGAAAACACCUGUUUGUACAAAAAAGUUUUAAAAACUAAGUCAACUUGAUCCCUUAACAUUUGAGCUUGCCUUCAUAAGUUGAAUAUGAAAACUUCACUUGAAGAUCAGCCACCUGCACAUGUUGCAAUUGAGACACAGGAAAGUUAUGAGACGAAGAAUGAUCGAGAAAUGGAAGCUAAUAAUAUCACAAACAGCAAUGAGGAUGAGAUGAUGAAGCAGCCAUUAUUUAACCGCAUGAUUUUCAGAAUGGCUUUAGCUGAAGCAAUAGGGAGCUUUAUAAUUGUUUUCUCCGUAUCUGCAAUCCUGGCAAGCUUAGAGUUAAUGGGAACAAAAGGAGGCCUAAUGGAAUAUGCAGCAACAGCAGGCCUAAGUGUUGUCAUUGUCGUUUUCGCGUUUGGCGAAAUCUCUGGAGCUCAUGUUAACCCUGCAGUCACUAUGGCAUUUGCAGUAGUUGGUUCAUUUCCCUGGUUUUCGGUGUUAGUGUAUAUUAUAGCACAAUUUGGAGGUUGUGUGUUGGGAAGCUUUGCUGGAAGGAUAAUAUAUGGCAUAAAUCUGGAACUUUUGAUGACAAAACCACCCCAAGAAGGAUGGGCUGCAGCUUUCUUUGUAGAAUUCAUGGCAACAUCAAUCCUUGUGUUUUUAGCUGCAACAUUCUCAAGUAACACACAACCAGUGGGGAAAUUGGCUGGAUUUGUGAUGGGAACAGCUAUUGGACUUGGAGUGAUACUCACAGGGUACAUCAAUUACUCUCACAUAAUGACAUCAAACAUAUUUUUUUAUCUUCUUUUAAAAUAAACAUGACUGGUAUUUUGGGACGUGAAAUAAGCAGUAUUUUACACAAUUUUCAACUAAUUUUCAUGCAUCUUUUGCUCUUGUAGGCCUAUUUCAGGAGGAUCAAUGAACCCUGCCAGAUCAUUUGGACCUGCAGUUUUGACAUUGGAUUUUGAUCGGUUGUGGAUCUAUCUUGUUGCCCCAACCCUAGGAGCCAUUUUUGGUGGCGUUUUGUAUCGGGCUCUUCGACUUCAAGGCUGGGCUUGCCAUCCUUCUUCCGAAGAGUAGUAAUUAAACGCGAUAUAUAAUCGUCAAGUCAAAUAUUUUAUCGGAUGGUUAUGAACCGGUAAUUAUGUUGUAUAUGCAAGCAUUGGAUGAUAAUGGAAAAGUCCAAUAUAUUUAUAGCUAAUUUAAAAGUUUGAUUUACCACAUUGUUUACUUUGCCUUUGAACAAAUCUGUGCACUGAUGACAUUGAAGAAGCCAAUCCAUUUCAAAGAAAACUGUUGAAGGCAAUAAAUUACAAAAAAG